AUGAACCAUGCCGACCUGCAUGCUCUGUUCGCGUCCAGAGCUAUCGUCAAAGCUCGCUCUUUCUUACGGCAAGGGCUAGGUGGAAGCCCGACCGGCUCAAUCAUUAACGGGGCCGGAUCCUUAUCGAAAAGCCCCAAUGGAUUCGGUGGUUUCGGUGGCGGUGCGCUGGGCACGUCAGCAAUCAAUGCCGAGGUGAACCGAAGAGAUCAUCUCGGUCGAACGGUCCUUCACCUCGCCGCGAGCGAACUAGGGGAUUGGGCGGUUGAAUGGGUCGAGAUCUUGCUUGCCGUGCCCGGGCUUCUCGUCAAUGCCGUAGAUGCUGAAAGCGGGUGGUCCGCCCUUCACCGAGCACUCUACGCCGGAAACAUUUCUGCCGCCCGACUUAUUUUCAACCGCAGUGACGUCGACCUGCGCCUCAAGGAUCAUGAAGGCUUGACCCCGUUUGACGUGUACAACUCGACUAUGGACGGCACCAACCCUCCCCAAUCGCAGACCGGUCUAGGGACGGAUGCAACCAAUCUGUUUCAGCGUGUCGAUCUUACCUUGGGCCGCAGCGAGCUUCAUACCUGGGGGAACAACCGUAACUUUGUCCUCGGCUUUAGCGGCGAUGGCGAUCGAACCUACCCAGAGCGAGUGCCCUUGAGUCGACACGAAGGCGGCGCCGGGCUGAGUGCAUUCGAUCCCGUGAAAGUUCUCGACGUUUCAAUGGCACGGCUCCACACAGGUACGUGCUGUGUUGCUUUCCAGCGCAGACGCUCAGCUCCUUUGAUCUGACAACGAGGGUCGAUCCUACUUCUCUGCAGCCAUUGUGACGGACGAGCCUAGCAACAACAUCCGCCUUUGUGGUUACGGCACGGGAGGACGGCUUGGACCGACACUGCACACGCAAUUCCACUUCACCCCGCUGCACGACUUCCCUCAUCAGGUUGCCGUGGCGGUGGUCUCGCCUGACCAUACGCUUGUCGUCACGACGUCGGGUGCGGUCUGGACUUUCGGUCUUAAUCGAUUUGGCCAACUAGGCUACAUUUUAGACGGCCCGUCCUCCGGACCGUCGUCUGGGUCCACAGGACCCCGUGCUUCUGGCGCUGCGGAUGAUUUGACGCAAUCGCUGCCGCGUCGCGUGCUCGGGUUGCUCAAGAAGGAGGCAGUGGUCGGGGCCGCUGUUUCACGAACGCACAGUGCUGUGAUCACCUCCAACGGAGAUCUCUUUACCUGGGGAACGAACAAAGGCCAGCUGGGCUACCCAGCGCGCGGGACCACCGUCCAGGUGCUGCCACGCAAAGUGACCAGUAUAACCUCCCCGAUUGCCAUGCUCACGACAACCGAGAGUGCGACCGCUUGCCUCCUCGCUGAUUCGAAGGAAGUCAUUGUACUGUAUGUGGAGGGUUACAUACGCAUCGCAAUCCCGCUCACCCCCUUCCCAUCAAAGAUGCAACCCUACCGGCCGCCGAACGUAAGCGACAAGCCUACGAUACGUAAAAUCGCAUCCUGCGGUACCACCUUUGCCGCUUUAUCGACGUUGGGAGACGUCUUUACCUGGACCCUCGAUGGUUUUUCGGCCUCGACCAGUGGCGCCGAUAUUUCUCCCAAUUUCUCGCGGCUGGCACCGAAGCCGCAGCGAAUUUGGUCGCUUCGACGCGCCUUCACCGCUGUCACCGACCUUGGUGUUGGUUUAGACGGAACGAUUAUUAUCUGCACUGUUUCUGGACACUGCUUUGUGCGAACCAAGAAGUUUGAAGCUCAAAUGGCGAAGUCCGGGAGAUCAACACCGACCUCGGCGACCUCGAAAAACAGCAAUGGCGGUUGGAAAUUCACCAAGGUCCCAUUCUUGCAGCGCUGCGUGAGCGUGGCUGCCAACUCAACGGGAGGAUUUGCUGCCCUGCGAUCGGAUGUACCGCUGCGUCAUAUCGAUAUCGAAGGCUCCACGCUCGCGGAAGAUUUGCUGGGUGUACUGCCCCACUGGUCGCGUUGCGAGGCUGACAUACCCAGCACUAAACUCGAAAAGACAGCGCAGGAUGAAGACGACGGAGACGCAGCAACUCAAGCGACUGUGGAAUGGGAUAUCAUAGUCGCAAAGCGAUUGAUGCAAAUACUCGUUACUUGGAACCCUGCUUGCGAAGCUCACUUGGCGGGAACCGACAUCUUCUUUGUUCCAAAUCAAGGCCAAAGGAUUCCUGUUCAUCGCGCGAUGCUGGCGGUGCGAUCGCCCAGUCUGCUCACUCGAAUUGCAGCCGCGUGCCCCGGUGCAGUUGAGCUCAAACUGGACUGCUCGGACUAUUCGGCCCUUUUAUUGAUCCACUACCUUUACCACGAUAAAAUACCGGCGGUCUGGGAUUUGCGCAUUGGACUCUCGUUGCAGGCUGCUUUCGGGAGCAGUCUGACCAUUGGGGUCUAUCACCAAGAGUUGCAGCGCCUAGCUCUCGAUCUCGAACUACCUGCAUUAGUGGAGGCACUGAACUACCAGGCCCGAAUGGUACCGCGGCCAACGCUCUCUCACGACAUCACAAGGCUUUUGCAAUCCUCGCCCGACGCGAGUCGCCUGGCCACCUCGUCUCUGGUGCCCGACAUCGUGUUGGCACUCGCCGAUCGUGACGUUGCUGCCCAUUCAUUUAUUCUCCGCGCGCGCUGUCCGUUCUUCCGCGUCUUCUUCGACGAAAACGAAUGGACCCUGCAUCGCAGGAAUCAUAUCGACGGCAAAAUUCGCUUCAGUCUGCAGCACAUUGAGUGGAGCGUGAUGAGGCUCGUCCUCGAUCAUAUUCACAGCGAUGCCGGAAUCGGCCUGUUCCGAUCGGUCGAGCGAGCCUCAGCAGACGACUACAUCGACUUCGCUACCCAAGUGCUUGCAGUCGCUAAUGAAUUGCUGCUCGACAAGCUCAAAGCGGUUUGUUCCGUUGUGUUGCGAAAGUUCAGUAAGCCUUCCUUGUCAACGCGUCCAGCCUCACGUGUCCCUGUCGAUGACUGACGUCGGGCUACUUGAAUAGUCACGCUUCGCAACGUCUGUGCGAUUUUUUCGGACGCAGUUUUCUACGAGGCCAAGGAUCUUACCCGCACGUGUAUGCAUUACCUUGCCUCUUCGAUGGAGACCGCCCUCGAAAACCGACUUCUGGACGACCUCACCCCUGAGCUGUUAAAGGCCCUGACGGAGUUUGUGCAAGAGCGGCAAGGCAACAAGAUGCCUGUCACUCGCUCGGGUUACCUGGUCAAUGAUUUGAUGGCCAAACAUGCCUCUUUCGUCGCCGAUCUCGACAUUGGGCGGCCUACCGGCGGUGCCCGACGCUGGAGACCUGUAAUUGGCAACUCUAGCUCACCACGACCGUCGCCCAAUUUGCUCUCCCCAGGUCCUUCCCCUUUGAUGAUACCUCGGUCGUCCCCGACUAUGCGGUCUCCUCAUCUUCCGUCUCCUACUGGUAGUCCGUCGAUGCCGGCGCACAAUCUCGAUUUCGAGGACAUGUUCGCUAUGGACGAGGACUUCUCGCUUGACGGCACGGUCCCAGCAACAAAGCCUGCCAGUACAUCGAAUCCGGCCACGCCUAUUAUCCCACCCAUCCGACGACAAUCGGUCAAUACUUGUUUGGGAAGUGCAUCUCCGGGUAGCGCCAAUUUCACUACUCUCGGAUCCCCUCCACCUUCGCGACUUCAGCCGUGGACAAAACCCACCACGGCGCCUCAAAAGUCAGUUGCUUCGUGCUAGACUCGGGCACUGCACCGAGACUAAUCCCCCCCCCCCCCCCUUUUUUUCUCGCUUGUGGCAUGCAGACCUGUAGAUCUGAGAAGCAUCAUUUCUUCCGAAUCGUCCAUCUCAACCACUCCACCGACCACCCUGGGUGCUCGACCGCUUUCCGCCAACGCCGUGCAACCUCUGUCCAAUACGUCUCAGAAGCUGGCACUUAGCAGCCCUUCUGGAUGGAGGCCUAUCGCUUCUACCUCUCUUUCGUCCUUGUCAGAGAUACAGUCACAACAGUCGCUUCGGGCCCCGCCCCGGAUGGCAACAUCUCGGCCCAUUGACCAUAGUCGACGACCAGUUACGCAACAUCCAGUUUCCGCUGCGCCCUCGUCCUCGUCCAUGUCGGCCUAUCGACCGGCACCUCUCGUCCGGAGGGAUCCGGCGUCUGCGAUUGGGGCACCCGUAUACACGCCGACGCGACUCCCCUCUGGAUCGAAACCCACACCACGUGCGGGCUUUAAUGGCGCGGAUGGUCCUUGGACAAACUACACACUUGCCUCCGCACAAACUUAUGCCCCUGCACCGCACUCGGCCUCGGCCUCCUCGGGUCCAUUGGCGGCUUCCCCUGCAGCUUCGUUUGCCGCUAUCCAGUCGCAACAGCGCCGCGAAAUCGAGCAAGUGCGCGAGGGGCGAGCUGUACGAAGUCUAGCAGAAGUGAUGGACGAAGAGCGCCAACACGCCAAACAACGUGAACUCGAAGCAAAACAAGAGCGAGACUUCGAGAUUUGGUUUGAGGAGGAGUCUCGUCGGUUCCAAAUACAAUCCGGUGAAGCUCCUUCGGCACCGGCCUCUUCUGGACGUGGAGGUGGUGGAAGGUCGUCACGACGGUCAGGGGGGAAGAAGCCGGCCCGCGGACGCGGCGCCGCUGGCGAGGGCAGUGACGGAGUGCGAGGUUCGAGCAGGGGCGGAAAGGGCCGAGCAGCCAAACCCAUAAACAGUUGA